AUGUGGUUGCCUAUAAUAGCAAACUUUGUCAAUAUUUUACUAAUAAUAUUUGGAUCAUUCGGAGCAGUUCAAUAUAUAACUAAAUAUCUAUUAGCGUAUGGAAUAUGGAGUUUUAUGUGGUUGACAUGGAACAUAUUUCUGAUUUGCUACUAUCUAAAUUUGGGUGGCUUAAAUAGGGAGAGUGGAUUAUUAUCAUUAGGUACUGGCAGUGUUAGUUGGUGGGAAGGCAAUGGUUGGGGCUGUCAACCUGUUUGGGGUGAAGUAGAUGGCCCUGGUACCUGGCGCCCAGCACAUGUUGAUGGAUGUUUUCUUCAGUGGCAUCAUGUUGAACUCACACAGUCUACCAUAGCUGCUUUUCUUACUGCCACAGCAUUGCCAUUAACAGUCCUUCUUGCAUAUCGUUCAUAUAAAAAGCAUAAAUCUAUUUCAGAUAAAAGCACUUUACCCAGACGUCCUGCAUAUACAAUAGAACUAAGUCCCACCGAAACAAACAUAAGCGAGAGUUCAGCCAAACCUAUGACGCCGAGACGUGUCAAGCGUCGUUCUGGUUCGCGAGGGGCUGGCUCGGUGCGCAGAUCGCGGCGUUCGUAUAGAAAUGCGGGGUACUUGUCAUCCAACGCUUCAUUGCCUCGUGAUUCUAGACCUUCCCGCCCCACUUCAGCGCACUCUUCGUAUUCAAAUUUCCACGCAGCACGUCCAGCUUCCUACCAUCCAACGGAGAAAACCACAUUGACACGCUCGCAGGAUAUCUAUGAUCCACCUCCACCAAUUGAGUCCGUACCGAUCAUGACCAAUCGAUUUAACACGGCACGAAGGAGCGGCACCAAUACUGGCCAUGAUGUGGUCGGUCCAUACAACGAACCUGUGAAUUAUGAGCAACGAAACUACGAAUCGAAUAUACCGUCAUACGAUAAUAUUAGCCGUGGAUACGAGGUGGCUGCACCAAACUAUGACUCUCGUAUGGAAACGGUCAGCCCGUGUUCGGAGUCCGCAUCGUAUGGCGGGAAUGAUUACAGCACGAUGGGAUAUCCCGGGGGUGAAGUUGGAUGGGAGGCACCGCCCCCUCCAGCGCCCCCUUACAGCGCACGAGCCACACCUCAAGCCCCCGGCCCGCCUGCUUAUCAGCCAUCUAAUGACACCUAUAAUAUGGUGUCU